GGCCAAGCCACCACCAUGGCGGAGCCGCCUGCUCCCGCUGCCCCGCCGGCAGCCCCGGCGACGGCCGCCCUCCCCGCCGCCGCCACGGCCGGCUCCCAGCGGCUGCUCUUCACCCACGACCUGGUGUCAGGCCGCUACCGGGGCUCGGUGCGCUUCGGCCUCGUCCGCGUCAUGCAUGGCGAGGACUCGGACUCUGAGGACGACGACGGGGGGCGAGGCCCCGGAGCAGGAGGCGGCGGUGGCGGAGGGAGCAGUGGCGGCGGCGGCCCCGGGGGAGGCGGAGCGGGCAGCUCGGGGGGCUCCGAGUCCGGGGGCCCCUGCGGCGGGGAGGAGAGCCGAGGAAGCCCCCUCCGCCGCGGCUACGUGCGCGUCCAGUGGUACCCGGAGGGCAUUAAGCAGCACGUCAAGGAGACCAAGCUGAAGCUUGAAGACCGGUCAGUGGUACCUCGGGAUGUCGUCAGGCACAUGGGCUCACGGGACAGCCAGUGUGGAACAGUAAUUGAUGUGAAUAUAGAGUGUGCCGUAAAACUGGUAGGGACCAACUGUAUCCUUUAUCCCGUCAACAGCAAAGAUCUUCAGAAUAUCUGGCCUUUCAUGUACGGUGACUGCAUUGCCUAUGACUGGUGGCUUGGAAAAGUGUAUGAUUUAAAGAACCAAAUCAUCCUGAAGCUCUCCAAUGGUGCCAGGUGUUCUAUGAGCACAGAGGAUGCAGCAAAGCUAUAUGAUGUCUGUCCACAUGUCAGUGACUCAGGCCUCUUCUUCGAUGAUUCAUAUGGCUUUUACCCUGGGCAAGUUCUCAUUGGCCCGUCAAAAGUCUUCUCGAAUGUGCAGUGGCUUUCAGGAGUGAAACCUGUUCUUAGCACAAAGAGCAAGUUCAGAGUGGUGGUGGAAGAGGUGCAGGUGGUGGAGUUGAAAGUGACUUGGAUCACUAAAAGUUUCUGUCCUGGAGGUACAGAUAGUAUAAGUCCCCCACCAUCUUUAAUCACCCAAGAGAACUUGUCUAGGGUAAAGCGCCUGGGGUGCUUUGACCAUGCUGAGCGGCAACUUGGAGAAAGGUGUCUUUAUGUGUUUCCUGAGAAAGUGGAGCCAGCAAAAAUCACAUGCGAGUGCCCAGAGAGAAACUGUGUUCUGGGAGAUGGAUCUGUUGCCAAAAAGGUGGCCUGUCCUUGUUUCGUAUCCAACGUAAAGCCUGAAAAGGUGAGGAGAUUGUUGAAGAAGCAGAUAGUGAAGAUCAUGUCGAUAUCCCCAGACUCGCAGGGUGCCCUUGACCUCCCUGAAGCAGAAUCUGCUGCAGCUGGUGACCAACCAUCUGAAGAACCUAAAGCCGGCUUAAAAGGUGAACUAGAGGACUCUGCCCAUGAUGCUGUAAGCUUACAAGAAGUAAAGGAAGAGCACCUUGAUGGAACAGGAAAAGGCGUCCCUUGCGAAGCAGCUGGGCUGCAGUUGCAACCACCAUUUGUUCUGAAACGGAAUGAUGGCUCCUCAGACUACAAGCUCCAGUCAAUAGAACAGGAUGCUGACGAUGAAGCAGCAGACGACACAGAUGACACCAGCUCCGUGACCUCCUCUGCCAGCUCCACAGCCUCUUCCCAAAGUGGCAGUGGCGCAGGGCGCAAGAAGAGUAUCCCACUCUCCAUCAAAAACCUCAAGAGGAAGCAUAAGAAGAAGAAAACCAAGGUUUCCCGGGAGUUUAAGCCAGGCGACAGGGUUGCUGUGGAAGUGGUGACCACGAUGACUUCAGCUGAUGUGAUGUGGCAGGAUGGCACAGUGGAGAAAACCAUUCGUUCCAAUGAGCUGUUUCCUGUCCAUCACUUGGACAACAACGAGUUUUGCCCUGGGGAUUUUGUGGUGGACAAAAGAGCACAGGGUUCUCAGGAUCCUGGGAUGUAUGGAGUGGUGCAGUCAGGUGACCAUGUUGGCCGCACCUGUGUGGUGAAAUGGUUCAAGUUGAGGCCUAGUGGAGAUGAUGUUGAGCUGAUUGGGGAGGAGGAGGAUGUCAGUGUGUAUGACAUCGCUGAUCACCCAGACUUCCGCUUCCGCACUACUGAUUUUGUGAUCCGCAUUGGCAAUGCUGAGGAUGGUGCUUCAGUUGGUGAAAAUGAGCCCUCUGUGGGUCAGGUGGCCCGUGUGGAUUUCAGCAGCAAAGUGGAAGUUGUGUGGGCUGAUAACUCCAGGACAAUCGUUCUGCCACAGCAUUUGUAUAACAUAGAAUCCGAGAUGGAUGAAGAAACAGACCUUGAUUCCAUAGAUGGCAGCACGAGUGGCGCCUCCUCAGAUGAGUGGGAAGAUGAGAGUGACAGCUGGGAGACAGACAAUGGCCUCAUGGAAGAUGACCACUCCAAAGCAGAGGAAGCUGAGCCCGAGGAGCCACCUGUGGAAGAAGUGAAAAAGGUAGAAGAGCAAGUUCAAGGUGCUGUGGCAAUGGCAGUGGCCGACUUGGCAGCUGAUAAAUCAGGCAAGGAAGGGACCCCAAAGAGCUUCCGGGAGUUGAAGGAAGCCAUCAAGAUCUUGGAGAGCCUGAAGAACAUGACCGUUGAGCAGCUGUUGACAGGCUACCCAACUUCUCCAACGGUCGAACCCGAGAAGCCCACCCGCGAGAAGAAGUUCCUGGACGAUAUCAAGAAGCUGCAGGAGAAUCUGAAGAAGACCCUGGACAACGUAGCAAUUGUGGAAGAAGAAAAGAUGGAGGCCAUGGCAGAGGCAGAAAAGAAGGAAGAGAGAGAGGCGCAGACGCAGACCCCAGUGACAUCAGAGUGGCCUAGCGAGACUCCUGUGCUUUGCCAGCAGAAUGGAGGCAAGCCUGGCGUUACAUUCACCAGUGCCAAGGGGGAAGUCUUCUCCGUACUGGAGUGUGCCCCAGAUAGCCAUGCCUUUAAGAAAAUGGAAUUCCAGCCUCCAGAAGCCAAGAAGUUUUUCAGCACAGUGAGGAAAGAAAUGGCCCUGCUAGCAACCUCGUUGCCAGAUGGUAUCAUGGUCAAAACCUUUGAAGACAGAAUGGAUCUCUUUUCGGCACUCGUCAAAGGACCUACGCGCACACCAUAUGAGGAUGGCCUCUUUUUAUUUGACAUCCAGCUUCCCAAUAUCUACCCGGCUGUCCCCCCUCUCUUCCGUUACCUCUCCCAGUGUAGUGGGAGACUGAACCCCAACUUGUAUGACAAUGGAAAAGUCUGCGUAAGCCUUUUGGGGACCUGGAUAGGCAAGGGCACAGAGAGGUGGACCAGUAAAUCCAGCCUUCUCCAAGUACUCAUCUCAAUCCAAGGGCUUAUCCUAGUCAACGAGCCUUAUUACAAUGAGGCUGGCUUUGACAGUGACCGCGGUUUGCAAGAGGGCUACGAAAACAGCCGCUGCUACAACGAGAUGGCUCUGAUCCGGGUCGUUCAGUCGAUGAUGCAGCUGCUGCGCAAGCCGGUGGAAGUCUUUGAGCAGGAGAUCUUUGAGCACUUCUGCUGCAACGGUUGGCGCCUGGUCCACCGCAUCGAGUCCUGGGUGGAGACCAAUGAGCUGGUGGAAAGGAGUCAUGACCAUGCCGGCCUGGGAGAGCCUUCCUUUGUGCAUUCAGCCUGUGGUGUUUUGGCGGAGAGCCCUCUAGAUGGCAUGGGGCCUCUGGGAGAGCUAGAGUUAGGGGCUGCCGCUGCCACCACCGCAGUUAGCCAGUUGCCUGACGGCAAGGAGGAGCUGGAAGACUCUGGUUGUGCGAUGUCGACGCUUGCUGCCAGCGACGCCCGUCAAUAUUCGGACUUGGAGAGCAUGGGCCAGGCCAGGGAAACACACUUUGCCAGAGACCCAACAGAGGAGGGUAAAGCUGCCCAAGACUCUGCUGCUCAGCCUAGUGUGAAACCAAAGAAAAGGAGAAAGAGCUACAGGAGCUUUCUUCCGGAGAGGAGCGGCUACCCUGACAUCGGCUUCCCCCUCUUCCCACUGUCCAAGGGGUUUAUAAAGAGCAUCCGCGGAGUCUUGCAGCAGUACCGGGCUGCCUUAGUAGAGGCCAACAUCCCAGAGUGGACAGAAGACAAAUGAAACAUCAGGUUAGGGGCAGACAGACGCACAGAAAAGAAGGGGAAGCCAGGAGGAAGCAGCUAGCAACAGUUGUUAACAAUAAAUAGACUCUCAGUGCACCCAUUCCUCCUCGGCUUGGUUUGUUAUAGAGAAAGCAGAAGCUUCCAUAACUCAUUUUAGGCUCUCCCUCUCUCUUUCCCCCCUCCCACAUUCCAGGUGCACAGGGUGGUUGAGCAACUCUGCACAGCGACACCCACAUGCACACACCCACACCAUGCUCCUGUUUCCAGGUUGAUCCUGAGAGAAUAAGGAGCUGUGACCUUUCCAUGCCAGACCUUGUGCGAAGCUGGCGUUGGAUCUUCUCAACUCCUAUUGGUGCAAAGGCACUCCCUCUUCCCUGGGUGAUCCUCUUGGGUGCUAUGGGUGAUCUUGAUGGUCGAGAACGCUUUUGAUUUAAGCCUGGGGAGAGCCUUGAUUUUAUAUCUUGCGAGGAAGAUGCAGUGCUGUGGUUUUAUAUCAUGUGAGGAAGAUGCAGUGCUCCUCUCUACCUUCAGACAUAAUGUCACUAAAGUCGGUCAGUUAGAAAGCCCUGAAUAGCCCACAUUUUCAGCUCUGUGCCAGUCCUGAGCGCUUUCUUGAUUUGGUUUGCUGCUAUGAGCUGAGGAGAUAAAUUCCCCGGAAAUUGGUGUAGGCUUGGACUUUUGCUGCAACAGGGCCACAGUGGUGAAUAUAAGGUGUUUGGUUUUUUUUCCUGACUGUAUGGGCCACUUUGAGACAGAAGCUAAGUGCUAGGUGAGCUGUGCUUGAUGUGGUCCACACUCAGAACCUCCUCUCUGGCUUUCUGAGGAUUACCUGCUGUCUUACUUAAAAUGUACAGUUUCUUCUGAACAGCAUAUCUCUUUCCACUUUGCCUUGAGAGGGGAAUAGUGCAUAUAGCAUAGCCUGCUACUCUCCUGGAUACAUGAACACUCUGCUACCAACUCAACUCUGUACACCAAGGUACCUCAGGAUGGCGCUGGAACAAUUGCAUGGUGCAGCCCACAUUUUCCAGUUUCGCCUUUCACUUAGGUGUUUGCAAAGUGGCAGCUCUGCCCAACAUUGUAUCUCCAUGGACUUAUACCAACCUUAUAGCAACAAGCCUCCACGCUAAUAUAGACAAUGGGUGUCCCUAGUCCAGCAUCCUUAAGUUACAAUUGCAGCCUUUAUUGUAAGUCACUGUUAUUUCCUAUCCCCUGAUCCUAGGCUGUGUGCAACCACCACCACCACCUCCCUGCCGGCUGUGGCAUGACCCGGUGGUCCUGUGACAGAACAGGAGUUGCAGCAGGCCCAACCCUGUAUCUUUUAUGGAUCACGACUGGUGAUACAUUCAUAUUUUUGCAUCCUAGAUGAGGUUACAUUCUGUUCCUUGUUCAGCGUACUCCCAUCUUUGCAAGGCGUCACAGUCACCCUUCUGUUUCCUUUCCUCUGAUCAUGACAUGGGUGCCCCUCUUUCACCCUCCCACUUGAAUAAUCUAGUUGAAGAGGCUGAACAGGGUGACACGAAUUUUGUGUUUACUCGGAUAUUAGGUAGUUGUUCUAGUGUUGCAGAUUAAGAUUUGAGAGGUAGCGGUUCUCCAGUUGGGAGGCUGCAGUAUGCGAUUUUUGGUGGCCAUGCUGGUAAAAGAGCAGCAGAAGAAAUAAGUUGACAUAGUACCCUUUGAGGACGGGGACAGGAAAGGAUUUCUCCUUUUUUCUUUUUUGCUUGCAUUGCCAGACACUCUGUUAAUUGUGUGAAAGGGCAGACAGUGAGGGGGGUGGGAUCUGUCUAUGUUUCUAUGUGUCAUCACAUUCCUCAUGCAGAUGUGGUCGCGGCCCCUCUUCUCCCCAAGAGAGAGAGGAAUGAGCCACAUAUUUUAUUAUGAUGACACACUAAAGAAAACAAGCAAGUUUUCCCAAUCCACCAGUCACCUAGCUGCCCACCCUGUUUUGAGAAGUGGCUACUCUUCCAUUUUGAGUAGGGGAGCAAGGUGGGAGGAGCCACAGAAGAGGAGGCAAAUGGUGCUAUGGACUGCAGAGAGCUGAGCUUCAAGGGGACUCCCUCUUUUUUCAAAGUGCAACUGAGAGCUUUGUGUGAAGCUGUAUCAUGGGAAGAUCUUGCUUACUCUUUCCUCCUCGGGAUCUGCUGCCAUCUUUUGCAUCCAUCCAGCACUGAACCUUAUCCUUGCUGUCGGGCCCCACCAGAGGCAUGCACAGAAGUUUACACUUUCUUUUUCUAUAAGCUUUUGAAUAAUGUGAAGCUCUAGGUUAUGCAGCUGCUGGUGAGCACACACCGUGCAGCUAUAACUUCUUUUUGGUGUAUGUACGUAAUAAAAGAGUGAAAAGAAAUUUCCAAGAGGCAAAUGCUUAAAACACCCCAAGAAGCCAAAGCAUGAGGCACAUUGUUAGUCUUGAGAUGGGCUACAUGAUUGUGAUGUAUAAAUUUAAAACCUUAUCUGUUUAAGUGCUGGGGAGGGUGGGGAAAGAAAUAUUACAAAAAAAAGAAUUUCUAGCCUUUCUGUACAGUAUUUAAAACUGAUGGAGCUGUCAUAUUGGGGCAAUGCUUAGAGGUGUGUUACUUUUGCAGCUGUGAAUGCUUGGUUGCUUACAAUAUAUGUAUAAAGUAUUGUGUGAUUAAUCUUUUUUUACUUGCAAACUUUGUUUGGCUAACUAAGAUGUAGUAAUAAAAGAGAGAAAGUGGCUUGCCAUUACGUUCUGACGCUGUGAAUAGG